AUGCUGGAUGUUGUUGGCCGCUUUGCGCCGCAGUGGUCUGCUCUUCACAUCCAAGAUGGGAAACUGGUGUCUGUGUUGGCCGCGGCCCGUGUGCUCUUCAUCCCUCUCUUCAUCCUGAUGCAGCGCGAAAGCAUGCAGAGCUGGGCACAAAGCGCCGCCGUGCAGUUCACUGUAAUGGUCCUACUGGCUUUCUCAAAUGGCUAUGUGUCCACGCUGUCCAUGAUGCUCGGCCCAGAGCAAAGAGGAAUCUCUCCAGAUGAGAAAUCACCGGUGGGCACUGUGAUGUCAUUGUCCCUGGUGACCGGCAUCUUUAUUGGCUCAAUGCUGGCUCUUCCAACACAGAUUGGAUUGACAGCUGCAAAAGCAUGCUCUUGA